AUGUGCCCGUCGCUCUCGUGGAGGCAGCGGCUCACCGGCUGCGCCUGCUGCGUCGGCCUCGGGAUGCUCUUCUCGCUGCUGAGCUUCAUCGCCAUCCUGCAGAUGGACCUCGUCUUCUUCAGCGUGCUCUUCUCCCUCGGAAACGUCAUGUCGCUCUCGGGCAUGCUGUUCCUCGCCGGCCCCAUGGCGCACCUGAACCGGAUGUUCGCGGAGAGCCGCUGGAUAGCGACGACGGUGUACCUCGUGUCACUCGUCCUGACGCUCGUAGCCGCGCUGCUGCUCCACAACGCGUUGCUCGUGCUGUUGUUGUGCCUCGUGCAGAUUGGGGCGAUGAUUUGGUACAUCCUCUCGUACAUUCCAUUUGCGAGGGACGCGGUGAAGGCGUGUCUGGGAGGUCUCAUGCGUUAG